CCCUACCUUUCGUUUCUACUCUUGAUCUCCCCCCCAAAUUAUUAUUUCUGCUUUUACUCCGUAAUAUCAGGAAGAAGCUGAUAAUAUCUUUCAUUCAAGGGAUCCUGCUCCCUUCUCUUUCUCCUUCUUCUUCUCCUCCUCAUUCUUCCUCCUCUUUCUCUUUCUUCGUCUGCCCUCUCUACCCUUCACAGUCGUAUCCUUGCAGGGUACGGUUGCGGUGCCGGGCCCGCCGUCGUCCUUAUCUGUGCCAGACAGAACAUCUGACUUUCCUCCCUCCUUCUCUAUCUCGCCUUUCUCUUGCCUCAACUGGCCUUAACUCGAUCGACUGAGUAAACUCUUCCUUUUCCUUGAUGGCUUGGACAUUUGCGAGCCUCUCCUCAACGACUUCCGACCAUGGUUUACAACGCCGUCUCACAGGCCGACCACGAGGUCGCUUCCAAUGCCAGCGAUUCUGAUGAUCAACUCCAGUCCCAGCACCAUGGUGCCUCUUUCCAACAACUCCCCUUGGAUGUUGACCAUAUUGGGGCUGGCAGUCAUCUGCAGCCUGCCAGAUCGGCCGAAAGCUCCAGUAUCGGCCGUUUAGGCUCGAUGAUCCGGUCGAUCACUUCAACCAGCUACGACAUGGUCGAAGACGACGACUAUGAACUACCCGCCGAUCACUUCUCGCCAACCCAAAGUCCCAAGAGUUCCCGUCGCGUGCCUCCGCUCGAUACCACCGCAACCACCAUCGAGUCCUCCCCUUCCGAACCGCCGCUCCGAAGCCCCAUCUCUGCCAGUGGGGAACCCAUCCCUCUCAAUCACCCCACCCCCGGUCUACAAUCCCUGCAAGGAGCUUAUGUCAAUAACGUUGAACGCCUCGAGCGGAGCGCCGAACGGAUGAGCAUGAGUUCUACCAAUAUCGGGGACGAAAUUCGCAAAAUGGAUUUGGAGCAAAAGCGGAGGUCCAGUGGCUCGUCGGUCUAUACAAACAAUCAAGACGGGGUGAAGGCCAGUCUGUCGUCUCGUCAAGGCUCCAUCCAGUCCGCCUCGCGUCUGGCUCAAGUCUCAGAGCAUGGUCCUGACCACCCGUACGCCGCAUCGGUCGGCCACGCACCUAUGAUGCCCUACCUUCCGCCUCCCCCCUCCGCGCCUGCUCAAGGGGAACUCCGUCUCGUUGACCAUGAGCAUUACAAUCACUUACUCAGCGAGGAGCUCGAACGCCCCUGCACUGCGGCUUCGACUGACACCUAUCAACAGGCUCGGGUCCUGUUUACCGACUUCGACGGCGUGCAUUACGUCCCCACCGAGAAAGACUUGGUGCGCCGGGUCUCACUCACCCGUCCGCCGCUCGCGAGCCGAUCCGAGACAUACAAAGAACCACAGGCCGGUGAAGAUAUGGUUUACUAUCCUGCACCGGUACCUAUGAUGCUGAAUCUACCCCCUCGCCUGUCGCGGAAACCGGGCGCAGAGAGAGAAAAGCGCCGCACCCAGCUUCUUGGCUCGAUUCCCACGGAAAAUCGCAAGGCAGCACCUUGGCUAGCGAAACAAAACCCGGACAGCGAUGCUCAUCUUAAGAGAGAUAAAGAGCCGGCAGCUUUGCCUCCACAACUUCGUGCCAGUGUCUUCUUCGAGCAGCCAUCGGUGCCACUCAAUCUAGAGCUCACCCAGGCCUCCGCGGUAGCCACCCUCGACAGUAUACUUGAUGCUUCAACACAUGCGCCCGUGAGCGCUUUCACGGACCAUCCGAUUGCCGGCGCGCCAGGUCAUGCUAAACUCACGCGGAAGUCUUCCUCCGGGGGAUUACUGAAUCAUGCGAAGAAGCGAGCUUCCCAAAGCACUCUUGGCUUUGACCGCCGUCUUUCCGAUCCGGAGCUGGAGGAAAGACCGCUUACCUCCGAUCGCUUCUAUAAGCAGACCGAAGCUGAGGCUGCAGACAUGCAUGAAGGCAGCUUGUUACGGGCAGAUGAACAUGGCGCGACCGGGGGCGUAGAUGUGCCUCAUCACGACGAUGAGGAUAUGCCCAACCCGCUCGGACCAGAGGCAGAGUUCACCGGGCCGCCAAAUACACUAAUGGCAGAAUUGGAAAUUCGGAAAAACGAACUCAAACAGCGGCAGAAAGCCGUGGCGGGUCCGUUUGGGCUCCAAUCAACACUUCUCCAGAUGGAUGCUGUGGCUCAGAAGCAGAGCGAGCAUCGGCGGCAGAAGCCAGUCACUCUGGCGUGGGAAAGCACAGAUGCUCACAAACAGGACGAGGGAGAUGACGAUGACGUCCCGCUGGGUAUGCUGUUUCCUGAAAAAGCCCCGGCGACUGACGAAGUGCGCCCGAUGGGUCUCAUGGAGAAGAGAGCAAUGGAAGAGUUGGAGCCUCUAAGUCGACGUCGGGCCCGCCUCCGAGGAGAACCCCCACCACGCACUCCCGAGCAGCGCUCAAACACCAUGUAUGCAGCUACUGUGCCAGAUGCUGUGGCUGCAGCCGAGGAAAGCGGCGAUGAGGAGGAAACCCUAGCUCAGCGUCUCCAGCGCUUAAAGUCUAAGGACCAGCCUCCGUCCACUGUUGCGGAUAGUGAGUUCGCGAGCGAGAUCCUUGCUGAGAUCAACAACGUCGGGGCCGACGGUGAAAAGAUCAAAACUGCCGAGGUCCCGCCGGAGGACGAGACUUUAGCGCAACGACGAGCUCGCCUUCAACGCGAGGCCGAAGCUGAAGCUCUCAACAACUCGACCCUGAAAAUCCCACGGUAUCGGAGAAGCAUGGCCGAUAUUCUCCAUGCCCGACGUCCUUCCGCCGUGCCGCGACCGCCUACCAAGGAUACUGCCAAACCGCCAGGGGUAGCUCAGCAGUAUUCAAACGAUCCGCGAUUGUCGUUGCGACAGAUGCCAACGUACCCGGGGCCUCAGGCCGGAUACGCAGCUGCCCGGGCUGCUCCGUAUGUGUCUGGCAUGCAGCACCCGAAUACUUUUUACAGCGAUGCUAUCUUAGGGGUCAGCCAUCUCAGCUAUGCACCAGGCAAGCACCCAUCCAAAACGGUGAGGCCUAUGAUCCACCCAGGACAAAGGGAGGUUAUUGAUCGCUGGAGGCAGAGCAUCGUAUAGAUGCUUUUCUGGUUCGCCCGUUGCCUCUUUUUUCCUUUGACAUUGUUUGAUUUUUCUCCUUCCCUGCUCUGCCGAUCUAUGUUUGAUCUUGACCAGGAUGCAUAUCUACUGUGUUGAGUUGAGCACUGUCCUGUUUGUUUGUCUGAGCCCUUUUUCUUGUCUUUGGAGUAUUUUGUGCCGGUGAUAUCCUUUGCCUCGAUUAGCGGGUUAUUUUGUGUAUUAUACCGUAAGAUUACCAGAUUCCACAUUCUUUUCAUGGCCUUUGGGCAGCCAAAAAUAGUAGCCAAUACACGUCGA